GCAAGGGUUAAACCCUUGAAAACCCCUAAAUCGCACAGCUUUUUCAUUUGUAACAUCUUGCGCCUCAAAAGCAGCCAUGAAUCGAUCAAAGGCAAUCUUCGCAUCUCUUAGACUCGCCAACUCGCUCCUCUCGACUCGCCUUUCUUCAAAUCGGCCUCUAUUUACUCGGGUGACUCACUUCUCUGACCUUUACUCAUUUAAUCUCUCAAAUCAAUCAUACACUUCACAUUUUCUCAAUGAUACCCAUCAAAGGCUAGCUUUUUCCACAAAUGCAAACUCUAUUGUAGAGCUCAUUUUAGUAUAUGAGUGGUCUGACGAAUUAGAGAACAAGUUAGACGAAUUAAAUCCAAAAAUGUCCCAUGAAAGUGUUAUCUAUGUUUUAAAGAAACUUAAUAAAGACCCAGAAAAAGUAUCGGCUUUCUUCAAUUGGGUUUGUAAUAAAAACGGAUUUAGACCAAGUUCUUCUGUUUAUAGUAUGAUGCUUAUGAUAUUAGUAAACAACGAGUCAAUGAAGCAGUUUUGGAUCAUUCUAAAGAAAAUGAAAGAACAGAAGUUUUAUAUUGAUGAAGAAACUUAUAAAUCUAUUUUAGGGGUUCUAAAGAAGGCUAAGAUGGAUAGUGAUGUGGUGGCUUUGAACCAUUUUCAUGAUAGGAUGGUUCAGGAGAAUGCUGCGGUUGGUGUUGUGAAGAAAGUGGCCAAUGUUGUGUUAGGGAUGCAUUGGUGUGACAAGGUAGAGAAAGAAUUGGAGGACAUGAAAAUUGAGUUGUCGGAUGAUUUUGUUAUAAGUGUUCUGAGAGAACUUAGAAAUUACCCUUUGAAAGCUUUGAGCUUUUUUAAUUGGGUCGGUGAGUAUUCAGGUUCUGAACAUAAUACCAUAAUGUAUAAUGCUAUUUUAAGGGUUCUUGCUCGGUAUGAUUCAAAGGAGGAAUUUUGGAGUGUUGUUGAGGUAAUGAAGAAUGUGGGGCAUGAGAUGGACAUAGACACUUACAUAAAGAUUUCAAGACAGUUCCACAAAUGUAAGAUGACGGAGGAUGCGGUGAAACUUUUUGAGCUUAUGAUGGAUGGCCCAUAUAAGCUUUCAGUUCAAGAAUGUAGUUUGCUUUUACGGAUUAUUUCAACAGUUGAGAACCCUGAUUUUGCUUUGGUGUUUAGAGUUGCAAAGAAAUAUGAGGCAACAGGGAAUUUUCUUUCUAAGCCUGUUUAUGAUGGGAUUCAUAGGUCUUUGACAAGUGUGGGAAGGUUUGAUGAAGCAGAGAAGAUCGUGAAGGUUAUGAAAAAUGCGGGAUAUGAGCCUGACAACGUCACAUACAGCCAACUGGUCUUUGGACUUUGUAAAGCAAGGAGGUUUGAAGAAGCCUGUAAGGUGCUGGAUGAAAUGGAAGAAAAUGGUUGUAUUCCUGACAUCAAGACUUGGACCAUUUUGAUCAAAGGGCAUUGCAUUGCUAACGAAGUUGACCAGGCAUUAAUGUGUUUUGCAAAGAUGGUGGAGAAAAAUAUUGAUGCUGAUGCUGAUCUGUUGGAAGUCUUGAUAAAUGGUUUCCUUGGUCAAAAAAGGGUAAAAGGUGCUUAUGAAUUGCUUGUUGGGAUGGUAGAAAACGCCCGUAUAAGACCCUGGCAAUCUACAUAUAAAAUUCUUAUAGAAAAGCUUUUGGGGGUGAGUAAACUUGAAGAAGCAAUGAACCUUCUACGAUUAAUGAAGAAACAGAACCACCCACCUUUCCCCGAGCCCUUUGUUCAAUAUAUAUCAAAGUUUGGGACUGUGGAAGAUGCUUCAGAAUUUUUUAAGGCAUUGACUGUGAAGGAAUUUCCAUCCGCUUCUGCCUAUCUUCAUGUUUUCAAAUCCUUCUUUAAUGAAGGUAGACAUUCCGAGGCCAAAGAUCUGCUAUAUAAGUGCCCUCAUCAUAUUCGCAAAGAUUCUAGAAUCUCUGAACUUUUUGGUUCUCUGUAAGAGUGGCAAAGUUGCUGUCCAUUCUGGGAAGGAAUCAUUUAAUGUUUAAAAUCUAGUUUCAUACUAUGCAAUCAAGCAGGUACGUUUAUUUCUACAAGAAUGGCUCAUUAGUUUUGGAUCUGAUGUGUUUGGCUUAAGUAAGCCAGUUGUAAGAAGAUUCUGAGUAGUCUUUGCUAGAAUUUCAUUAGGAACAUGAAUAGCACUGCCAGUCGGUGGUAUGUGGGCUUCAGGAAUUUAAGCAUUUAAUUUCAGUGCGAUAUAUUUCCUCUUUUUGAACGUUCCUUAUUAUAAAAUACUAUGUAGUUUAGUAUCAACUUGUAAGUUGUAACAGCUAUUGAGGUCAUAUCCUAGAUUUGAUAAUUUUUUAAUCAAACUUAUUUGUGAUUUUGUUCUUGUCACUCUUUAUGCUUUCGAGCUUCUGUAAUUU